AUGAGUGGGACCUGCCUCCAUGAGCCCCACGCCCCCUCCCUCUCAGGCUUCAGCACCCCCAUCUCAGAACCUACCUUCCGCAGGCUGGAUGUAGACCCCCCCGCCUGCACCCCAGAGACCGACCUGACCCCCACCCAGUGUGUCCUCCGCAACGUGCUGUGCAUCGACACAGGUGGGGCACCAGUUGUGUCAGGCGGAGGUGAGGGGUGCCCCCACACCUGUGGCAGCAGCCCGACCCCUAGCAACGGGCCCCCGGCCCACUUUGACAACAGCGUGCUGAAGUUGCACGAGCAUGAAGCCUGCCAGUGUGGGGGCGGGGAGGAGGCAGGGCUUAGCUCAGAGGCUGGGGCCAUCCACAGCCAAUCAGACAACAUCCGGCUGCAGCAAGGAAGUGGAGGGUUCCUGGAGGGGCUGUUUGGCUGCCUGAAACCCGUCUGGACCAUGAUCGGGAAAGCCUACUCCACCGAACACAAGCAUAACCAGGAAGAAUCCUGGGAAGUUCCGUUUGAGGAGAUCUCAGACCUGCAGUGGGUGGGCAGCGGGGCCCAGGGUGCCGUCUUCUUGGGGAAGUUCCAUGGAGAGGACGUGGCUGUCAAGAAAGUCCGGGACAUCAAGGAGACGGAGAUCAAGCACCUACGCAAACUCAAGCACCCCAACAUAAUCACCUUCAAGGGUAUCUGCACCCAGGCUCCCUGCUAUUGUAUUCUGAUGGAGUACUGUGCACAGGGCCAGCUGUACGAGGUGCUAAGGGCGGGCAGGAACAUCACCCCCUCCCUACUGAUCGACUGGGCCAUGGGCAUUGCCGGGGGCAUGAACUACCUACACCUCCACAAGAUCAUCCACAGAGACCUCAAGUCCCCCAAUAUGCUGAUUACACAUGAUGACUUGGUGAAGAUCUCUGACUUUGGCACCUCCAAGGAGCUCAUUGAUAAGAGCAUGAAGAUGUCUUUCGCUGGUACGGUGGCCUGGAUGGCCCCAGAGGUCAUUCGGAAUGAACCCGUAUCAGAGAAGGUGGACAUCUGGUCGUUUGGGGUGGUGUUGUGGGAAAUGCUGACCGGGGAGGUCCCCUAUAAGGAUGUGGACUCCUCCGCCAUCAUCUGGGGGGUGGGCAACAACAGCCUGAACCUCCCUAUCCCCAAGAGCUGCCCCGAUGGCUUCAAAAUCCUCCUGAGGCAGUGCUGGAACUGUAAACCCAGAAAUAGACCCUCUUUCCGUCAGAUCCUCCUCCAUCUGGAUAUAGCCUCAGCUGAUGUACUCUCCACCCCACAGGAGACAUACUUCAAGUCUCAGGCUGAGUGGCGGGAGGAGGUGAAGCAGCACUUUGAGAAGAUUAAGUCUGAUGGCACCUGUCUGCACCGACUGGACGAGGAACUGAUCAACCGACGCAGAGAGGAGCUCAGGCACGCUCUGGACAUCCGUGAGCACUAUGAGAGGAAACUGGAGAGGGCCAACAACCUCUACAUGGAGCUCAAUGCUGUCAUGCUGCAGCUGGAGCUCAAAGAGAAAGAACUACACAAGAGAGAGCAGUCUUUAGAUAAGAAGUUUCCAGGACUGUUCAAGCACCACAGCUCCAGACAGACUAGCUCCUCCAACUCCAUGGACAAACUCAUCAAGAAGAGAAACGUCCCACAGAAACUGCCCUCUGGAAAGAGGCCAGACAUCCUCAAGUCAGAGGUGAUCAUUCCCAAGAUGGAUUCCUCCGUGAUGCAGGUCACCAUCCCCUCCUGCCUCAACAGGGGCUCCACGUCUCCUAGCCGCUCACGGAGGGUCAAGACCCGCCACCGCAAACCUGGCAAGGGCAGCAGCGGGGACCUGGCUGGCCUGAAGGCCACUCAACCCUCCCCUGGCGGGGACAACCCUGCCCAGGCCAACAGCUUCAGCACGGAACCCUCUAAGCAGCUCCUGGACCCCAGCGCAGUCUUGCGGGCCCUGGGCCACGAGCAGCAGCAGAGGCAGCUGUCCUCCUCCAGCCCAGACCUCAUAUGCACCACGCUGGCAGCUGAGGGCCAGGGGAAAGGAGAGACCACCAUGGGGGGGCUGGAGAAGGGUGGCAGCCUGAGUGCCUCCGCGGGCCUGGGGGGGUCCGAGCGGGCCGCGGCGGGUCUGGAUGACCUCACGGAGACGACCCUGCAUAGCAACACGCCCAGUGAGGACGCAGCAUCAUUCCCCUUCUCUAGCAGCCCAGACUCGCCAUGUGGGAGGGGGGUGGCCGCCGGGAAGGGGUCUGUGCUGGGUGCCCCACGCCUGCCCCACGAUGGGGACGAUAAGGAGGAGGGAGUGAGUGGUGUGAGGUUACCCCGGGUGGCGUCAGGGCACCUCACCCCCUCAGCUAUCCUGUACAGGGCAGCCAUCACACGUAAACAGAGGCGUGGCGUGUCUUCAGAGGAGGAGGGGGAGGUUGACAGCGAAGUGGAGUUGCCACGGAGACGACGUCCGACCAGCAUCAACCAGUGCCAGUCGGGGUCCACCUUCAGUUCAGAGAACCUCUCUGUGUCAGACGACGAGGAAGGUCACACCACCGACCACUCCCACAGUGGCACGCCGGACGUGGUCAGCACCAACACGGACGACCGUCUGUACGACCGCAACGAUGACCUCCUGUCGCAGGGGUCAGAGUUCCCGGCAGACAACAUGGACCUGGCGCAGGCCUCUGACGGGCUGUCUGAGAAGAAAAGUGCUCUGGGCCAGGUCAAAGCCCUGCUAGAUGCUGCACAGAAUCCUAAUGAGGCCCUGUGCGACGACUCUGACUGCGACAGCGCUGAGCUUGACCCGUCAGGAAGUGGGGAGCCCAGUCGUCCACCCAGCGCUGGGGCCUGUGCACCUCCAUCAGGGUCCCAUUUUGGGCACCAACAAGGGUCUCCACAGGGGCCCCAGACAGGGCCUCCAUAG